AAAACAUUGAGGGGUCUAAACUGUGAAGUGAUCGGCAAACUCUACUCCACAGAUUCACACAGUCGGAGUGAGUUAACAGAUUGCAAAGAGCAAAGUAGAUCGGCGACGAGAUGCGGUGGUACGUCGUCGCUUCGCUUCUCACCGUUCUCACCAGCUCGCAGGGAAUUUUGACGACUUUAUCUCAAAGUAAUGGAGGAUAUAAAUAUGACUAUGCGACAGUUCCUUUUCUUGCUGAAGUGUUCAAGCUUCUUGUAUCUAGUAUCUUCCUAUCAAGAGAGAUGAAAAACUCACCUCCUCCAAAAAUGACCACGGAAUGGAAGAGCAUUCGCCUGUACCCAAUUCCAUCUAUCAUUUACCUUAUUCACAAUAACAUUCAAUUCGCUACUUUGACCUACGUGGAUACAUCAAGUUACCAGAUAAUGGGAAACUUGAAAAUUGUUACCACUGGAAUAUUAUUCAGGCUCUUUUUGAAGAGGAAGCUUUCUAAUUUGCAGUGGAUGGCAAUUGUAUUAUUGGCUGUUGGAACAACCACAAGCCAGGUGAAAGGCUGCGGAGAGGCUUCUUGCAAUUCAAUGUUUACAUCACCCAUUCAGGGAUAUAUGUUGGGGGUGUUGUCUGCUUGUCUUUCAGCCUUAGCCGGUGUUUACACUGAAUUCUUGAUGAAAAAGAACAAUGACAGUUUAUACUGGCAGAAUGUCCAAUUAUAUACAUUUGGCUCGAUAUUCAACAUGGGACGACUUCUCCUUGAUGAUUUCAAAAGCGGGUUUGAAAGAGGAGCAUGGUGGCAACGCAUUUUUAAUGGGUACAGUAUUACAACAUGGUUGGUGGUUUUGAAUCUGGGAACAACUGGGCUUCUUGUAUCAUGGUUAAUGAAGUAUGCUGACAAUAUUGUGAAGGUAUACUCCACAUCUAUGGCAAUGCUUUUAACAAUGUUAUUAUCAGUGUUCCUAUUCGAUUUCAAGCCAACAGUGCAACUGUUUUUGGGUAUUUUAAUCUGCAUGAUGUCACUACAUAUGUAUUUUGCUCCUCCUAACACGCUAGUGGAUUUGCCUUUGACAACAAAAGAUGCCCCAGAGAACUUGACUGAAGUUUCUGUGGAUCGAAGAACAGUUUCGUGAUGUAUAGUGCACACUUAAGUGAUAAUAUAUCUUGAUAUCAGCAUGAAGUUUUAGCUCCAAUCUAGGUUUAACUUCUUACACAGACAUCUAUAGAUUCACAUUCAAUUAUUGACAUUGACAUUCACCGCAUAAAAAUCAACAGGGUAGGUCUCCCCCUAGAGGAAAGAUAGUUGUAUGGUAGUUGGAGUGGGUUUUUUUUUCUCUGUAAAAUAACUUGACCCUGCUUCAACAAAACCGCAAUUAUAAGAGUAGCCUCAUAAAAGUAUUAUGCAUUCAGUUACUGAAUUGCAGAAUGUGGUGGUCCUUUAUAUACUGCUCAUUUGCUUAGAGAGGGCAACAGAGAGACAGAAUCUGCAGAACAGGAAGGUCUGGUCCCUACACAACAGUUACUAUUACAUUGAUUACAGCUGUUUUCCUGCUACCACUUUUGCAUUUAAUAUUUUGAUUGAAUCCUUUUCUUCUUUGGAAUCUUUAAGGAAAGGCAUUAAGUUAGAUGAGUGCUGGAUUUCUUUGUCGAUAUUAAUGAUCAUUGUAGAUGAACAUACAUACAGCUUCAUUAUUUAAUUCAAAUUCUGCAAUUCUUGAAAA